UCAGCUAAUCAUCAAUCUCAAACAGAACAAACUUCUUCUUCAUCUUCAUAUACAGAAGGAAGCUAAGCAAUUAAUUAACUCAUCAAUCUUAGGAUUAGGACUAAUGGCCUCUUCCCACUUCUUCAUAAUCCUUGCCAUUCUAGCAAUUGUUACCCCUUCAAUUUUGGCCUCUGAUUUUAUUGUUGGUGAUGACAAAGGUUGGACCAAUACUGUUGACUACCAAGCUUGGGCUCAGGGAAAGCUCUUCUAUGUUGGUGAUAACCUCGUAUUUAACUACCCAGAAGGAGCUCACAAUGUGCUUAAGGUGAAUGGAACUGGGUUCCAAGAAUGUGCAGCUCCUGCAGGCACUGUGGCAUUAACAAGUGGACAGGAUGUGAUAAACCUAGCAACGCCAGGAAGAAAAUGGUACAUUUGUGGUGUUUCUAAGCACUGUGAAGUUGGACCCCAGAAGCUUUUCAUAACUGUUAUGCCAGCUUCCUUUGCUCCUAGUCCAAGCCCCAGUACCUCUGCAGCAACUACAAGUGUUGUUAAUGGAGCGAGAUAUGGGUUGAUCGUCGUUACUAUUGCCACCGUUCUGGGGAUGCUCAUGGCUUAAUAUCGAACUUAACGAGUGUCAUAGCUUGGGUCUAAUUAAUUUAUUUUUUACUGUUAUUAGGUGAGAUCUGAAAUCAAAAUGUAAUACUUCAAAUAUUUAUACGAAUUGCACACCAUUAUAUACUAA